UUUAGUAGUUGAGAAGUAAACAAAUAGUUACAAAAUAGUAAAUUACAAAAACUAAUGUGUAUAAACUUGGCUUUCAAGUUGGUUUUAAGAGAAAUUAACUGGGUUAAAGAGUGAAAAAAGCUUAACCAAACAAUAAGUCGAGUUUCACUUUUCAAAGUGUUAGCAACGAACAUUUUAACAUAGCGCAUCAAUAGUUUAUUUUUAUAAAUUAAAAUAAAGUAUUAAAGUUAAUUAUUUUUUAUAAUUAUUAAAAAUACAAGUGAUCAAAAUGAACAGAGUUAGUUUCCUAACAAGAUUAACAAAUAAACAACAAUGGCGUUUAUUUUCCAGUCCUGUCUCAAUAACAAGAAAUGCAGGCGCAACUUUCACUUUACAACAACAAACUGCUCAAAAACUACAACAACAAAUAUUGAGAAGUGUAACCACAUCACCCUCCCAUACAGUGGGUAAUGAAAAAAUCGCUGCAAAGCCAACACCUCCAAAACACGACUGGAAUCGUGCAGUCAGUGAAGCUGAACGUAUAGUGGGCUAUCCCACCUCCUUCCUGAGCUUACGGUGGCUAUUGAGCGAUGAAAUAGCCAAUGUUGCCUUACAUUUGCGCAAGCUAGUGGGCAGCAGUCAUCCAUUAUUAAAGACAGCCAAACAUUUGCUUUAUAACGGCAAAAAUACUACACAAGCAUGGGGAUUGAUAGUUCUAUUGAUAUCCAAAGCUGCUGGACAUGCUCCCACAGUACCUGAUAUGGAACAAGAUAAAAGUGCUGGAGUACUACACUCGCAACGUGGUUUAGUAGAAGUCACAGAAAUGAUUCGAAUUGCUCAUUUAGUUCAUACUAGUUUGGUAAAUUUGCAACGUUCAUCACAAGCUGGACAGGAUGUAAAUACCUAUGAUGAUAUGACAUUUGGUAACAAAAUAGGUUUACUAAUUGGUGACUACCUUUUGGGUCACUCUAGUGCAGAAUUGGCCGGUCUACGUAAUCAAGAAGUUGUUGAGCUCAUUUCUUCAGCUGUUAGAGAUUUUUCUGAAUCCGAAUUUAUUGGUGAACGAGAUGAACAAAAUAAUCCCUUACCCUCGAAACCUGGCUCAAAUCCCGUACAAAGUAAUGGUACCGCCACAACUCCCGAUAUAGACUUUGAUGAAAAGGACGUUCUUAUACCCAUGAACAUAGCAAAGGUGAUGGGUAAUCCAGAAAAAGAAUGGGAAUGUCGUAAUAUUUUAAAUGCUGGAAGUCUUUUGGGGAAAUCUUGUCAAGCCUCCAUAAAGCUGGCCGGUCAAAGUGAAGAAAUGCAAAAGCAAGCCUAUCUCUUUGGCAAACAUUUGUCCUUGGCUUGGCAAGCCUGUUUAGAUGCGGAACCUUUCCAAAGCCCCACAUUACCUUUUGACACCACUUUUAGUUUGGUAAGUGCUCCCGUCCUCUUCCAUCUGGAAUAUGAUCCCAAAUUGUAUGAUGAAAUCGAAAAGGGUAAAGUGUCGGUAGAAAAUGUAGACUACGUUAAAAUACACAAAGCUAUAUUGGAAGGUCCCGGCUUAGAGAAAACCAAAGAGCUACAGCAGAAACAUACCACUGCAGCUUUGCGUGUUCUGCAAAGUUUUCCAGCUAAUGAUGCCAGAACUGCUUUGGAAAAUAUCAUAUUGGCCAUGCAAGACCUGUAACAAUAACUCGAAAAUAGCUGACGCAAGUAAUCCUAGGGUGGUGGCAAUAAUUUUACACACGCAACAAAUAAAGUAAAUAAGUAGUAUUUAAUUUAGUGACAUAAAAAUAUUUAUAAUUUAACUUUAUUUGAACACAACAAAGAAAAGUUUUUUUUAAUUUUUUUAUAU